UUUGCCAAUAGGUUGCUUAAACGAACUUUAAGAAAAGUUUGAACUUUGAAGAAGCCGAUUACAUGUACACAUUUGACUGGAUUUGAAAAGUCAAACCUGGGGAAAAAAACUACCCUAACAAAUCAAGAUUCGGAAAAGAACCAAGCUCAUGGAAUGGCUCGAUUACGCUCUCGCUUUCUUCAUUGCUUAACCAUCGUCUUCUACACCACACUAAUCUCUCAUUCCUCUUCGACCCUCGAAUCGGGUUUUUCUAUAAUCGAUUCGGAUUCGGAAGUUCUUUUGUUCCAUCAAGAUUACUCUCCUCCGGCACCUCCUCCUCCGCCUCCUCACCCCCCGGCUGUAUCAUGCACUAAUGACCUCGGCGGGAUAGGUUCACUGGAUUCCACGUGUAAGAUUGUGGCCGAUUUAAAUCUAACUCGUGACGUCUACAUAGCGGGAAAGGGUAAUUUCUACAUCCUCCCCGGAGUUAGAUUCCAUUGCCCUUCUUUGGGCUGUUCCGUCACCGUAAACAUCAGCGGGAACUUUUCCUUAGGCGAAGGUUCGACUAUAGUCACUGGUACUUUUCAGCUCGGGGCUUAUAACGCUAGUUUUUACAAUGGAUCGGCCGUGAACACUACAGGAUGGGCGGGAGAUCCACCUCCAGAGACGAGUGGGACACCUCAGGGAUUGGCAGGAGCGGGCGGAGGUCAUGGGGGCCGUGGGGCUUCUUGUAUCGUGGAGGAUGGGAAGCUACCGGAAGAUGUCUGGGGAGGAGAUGCUUAUUCAUGGUCAUCGUUGCAGAAUCCCUGGAGUUAUGGGAGUAAGGGAGGUACAACGAGUAAGGAGGUCGAUUACGGAGGGGUAGGUGGUGGCCGGGUGAAAAUUAUAAUUAAAGAUUUGUUGGAGAUGAAUGGGAGCUUGUUGGCUGAUGGGGGUGAUGGAGGGAGUAAAGGAGGUGGAGGAUCAGGUGGUAGCAUCUACAUUAAAGCUCGUAAAAUGACUGGAAGUGGCUGGAUAAGUGCUUGUGGAGGUAAUGGUUUUGCUGGUGGAGGUGGUGGAAGAGUUUCGGUUGAUAUUUUCAGCAGGCAUGAUGAACCAAAAAUCGAUGUGUAUGGAGGAAUUAGUCAUGGCUGCCCAGAUAAUGCUGGUGCUGCUGGAACCCUCUAUGAUGCUCUGCCCCGUAGCCUUACUGUUGAUAAUCAUAAUUUGGCAACAGUUACAGAAACCCUUCUUCUAGAGUUCCCUCAUCGACCACUUUGGACUAAUGUCUACAUUCGAAAUUGUGCAAGGGCCACUGUUCCAUUGCUUUGGAGUCGUGUCCAGGUGCAUGGACAGAUAAGUCUACUAUGCAGGGCUGUGUUGAGCUUUGGGCUAGCACAUUAUGGGUCUUCAGAAUUUGAACUAUUGGCAGAAGAACUAUUGAUGAGUGAUUCUGUAAUCAAGGUCUAUGGGGCUUUACGCAUGACUGUGAAAAUAUUCUUGAUGUGGAAUUCUAAAUUGCAAAUAGAUGGUGGUGAAGAUGUUACUGUUGCAACAUCAUGGCUUGAGGCUAGUAAUUUAGUUGUUCUCAAGGAAUCAUCAGUCAUUCAUUCUAAUGCAAAUCUGGGAGUACAUGGACAAGGUUUAUUGAAUUUAUCAGGACCAGGAGAUACAAUUCAAGCUCAACGUUUGGUCCUAUCACUAUUUUACAGUAUUAACGUUGGACCUGGGUCUAUUUUGCGUGGUCCCCUAGAGAAUGCCUCAUCUGAUGCCAUUACACCGAAGCUUUAUUGUGAGCACCAAGACUGCCCCAUUGAACUACUUCAUCCACCUGAAGAUUGCAAUGUGAAUUCGACUCUGUCUUUUACUCUCCAGAUCUGCCGAGUUGAGGACGUCACUGUUGAAGGUCUUAUUAAGGGAUCUGUUGUUCAUUUCCAUCGGGCAAGAACAGUAUCUGUAUGGUCUUCUGGAGUAAUCAGUGCAUCUGGGAUGGGAUGCAUAGGUGGUGUCGGUAGAGGAAACUUUUUAUACAAUGGUAUUGGCAGUGGUGGUGGCCAUGGUGGUAAAGGGGGGCUUGCAUGUUAUAAUGAUAGUUGUGUUGAGGGGGGUAUCUCGUAUGGGCAUCGUGAGUUGCCCUGUGAACUUGGCAGCGGAAGCGGAAUUGAGAGCCCAGAUGAUUCGACUGCAGGUGGUGGUAUUAUAGUGUUUGGUUCCAUGGAGCAUCCGUUGUCAAGUUUGUCUGUUGAGGGUGCAGUGAGGGCCGAUGGAGAAAGUUUUGAAGGAACUGUCUGGAAACAAGAGUAUUCUGUUUCUAACGAUUCAAGCAUAGCUCCUGGGGGUGGCUCUGGUGGUACUGUACUUCUGUUUCUGCACACUUUGACUCUUGGCGAAUCUGCUAUUCUUUCAAGUGUUGGAGGAUAUGGUAGUUCCAAAGGGGGUGGCGGUGGAGGUGGCGGAAGGAUUCAUUUUCAUUGGUCAUACAUUCCCUCUGGUGAUGUCUACCAGCCAAUUGCUAGUGUAAAGGGAAGCAUCCAUGCUAGGGGAGGACUAGGUAGAGACAAGAGUGGUGUUGGAGAAAAUGGAACUGUGACUGGUAAAGCUUGUCCAAAGGGGCUUUAUGGGACAUUUUGUGUCGAAUGCCCUGCUGGUACUUACAAGAAUGUCACUGGAUCUGAUCGUUCUCUCUGUCAUCGUUGCCCUGCUUCUGAGCUUCCCCAUCGUGCCAUUUAUAUUGCUGUACGAGGUGGUAACGCUGAAACACCUUGUCCUUAUGAAUGCAUUUCUGACAGAUAUGACAUGCCACACUGUUAUACAGCUCUUGAAGAGUUAAUUUACACAUUUGGAGGACCUUGGUUAUUUUCUCUUCUACUUGUUGGUCUGCUCAUCCUCUUAGCAUUGGUGCUUAGUGUUGCACGCACGAAAUUUGUUGGGGUUGAUGAACUACCUGGCCCUUCUCCCCCUCAGCAUGGCCAUCAGAUAGAUCAUUCUUUCCCAUUCUUGGAGUCAUUAAAUGAGGUAAUGGAAACAAACAGAGCUGAGGAGUCCCAGAGUCACAUCCACAGAAUGUAUUUCAUGGGUCCUAAUAGUUUCAGUGAACCUUGGCAUCUGUCUCACACUCCUGCAGAAGAAAUAAAGGAGAUUGUAUAUGAGGGUGCAUACGGCAUAUUUGUGGAUGAGAUUAAUGCAAUAGCUGCCUACCAAUGGUGGGAAGGUGCAAUUUACACCAUUCUCUCUAUUCUUGCAUAUCCUGUUGCUUGGUCAUGGCAGCAAUGGCGCCGAAGAAUGAAAUUGCAACAAUUACGUGAGUUUGUGCGAUCAGAAUAUGACCAUGCUUGCUUACGUUCUUGCCGUUCAAGGGCUCUCUACGAGGGGAUUAAGGUAUCUGCAACUUCUGAUUUGAUGUCGGCUUUUGUGGACUUCUUCCUUGGUGGAGAUGAAAAGAGAACAGACCUUCCCCCUCGCCUCCCUCAAAAGUUCCCUAUGGCUAUAAUUUUUGGAGGUGACGGAAGUUACAUGGCUCCAUUUUCCCUUCAAAAUGAUAACAUUCUUGCCAGUCUUAUGAGUCAGUUGGUGCCCCCUACAACUUGGUACCGACUGGUGGCUGGUUUGAAUGCACAAUUACGCUUGGUUUGCCGUGGAUGGCUGACAGUAACAUUUCGACCUGUCCUGCGAUGGCUUGGAACACAUGCUAAUCCUGCUUUGAGGAACCAUGGUGUACGCAUUGAGCUUGCCUGGUUUCGCAGUGCACCUGGUGGUUAUUGCCAGUACGGACUUUUGGUGUAUUCUGUUGAAGAGGAAAAUGGACAUAUAUCGUUGGGAAAUACCAAUGGAAGAGUCAGAACUGAGCUACGUUCAAGCUUGAACACCACAUACAUGCAAAAUCAAUCUGAUUAUCCAAGAGAAGAUGCACUUUUAACCCUAGGCAAUGAAGGUUUUGCAAAGAAGAAGAGUUAUGGAGAGCUUAUAGAUGCUAACAGCUUACGAAAGCUUGAGGAUAAGAGAUAUAUCUUUUACCUUCUCUCGUUUUUAGUUCAUAAUACUAAACCUGCUGGUCACCAGGAUCUUGUUGGCCUAGUCAUAUCAAUGCUACUUUUAGGAGAUUUUAGCUUAGUGUUGCUUACAUUCCUCCAGUUGUAUUCAGUAUCAUUGGUGGAUGUCUCUCUGGUUGUGUUUAUCAUACCUCUCGGCAUUCUUCUUCCAUUUCCUGUUGGCAUAAACGCUUUAUUCAGUCAUGGGCCAAGGCGUUCUGCAGGUCUUGCACGUUUCUAUGCUUUAUGGAACAUAACAUCCUUGAUUAAUGUUGUUGUUGCGUUUGUUUGUGGGUAUAUCAACCAUAACAGUCGGUCAUCAUCGAGUAUAAGAACCCCAAGCCUUCAGCCGUGGAAUAUUAACAUGGACGAAAGUGAAUGGUGGAUUUUUCCUUCUGGAUUGGUUUUAUGUAAACUUUUCCAAUCACAACUUAUAAAUUGGCAUGUUGCGAAUCUGGAGAUUCAAGAUCGCUCAUUGUAUAGUGAUGAUUUUGAGCUAUUUUGGCAGUCAUGACUCAUCAAGUCAAACACACACAUGUUAACAAGGUUCUUUUGUUCAAUUUUGUUUUAUUCCAUUUUUUGCAUGUAAUUCGAAGUGUAACAAAAUCACUUCUUGACUCAGUAGUAGAAAUAGAAACAGAGGAGAAAAAAUCGAAAGAUAAAUAUUAGGGACAUAGGGUGAUAAUAGGGUGAUAAUGGCAUUCAUUCAUGUAAGUUCUCAAUGCUUUCCUUAUAAUUUUGGGAGUUCCGAAUUCCAAUGUAAAUAACCAAUUGGGGUAUAUACUAAUGCUUUAGAGAAUUCAUUUGUGUA